CACGUGGUGUCUAGCUCCGUCACGAGUUCCAUCCGCUGCUGAACGGUGAACGAUCACGGGAUCAUGCUCACGAGAACGAGCAUUGGGAAAGUGCGGGCGUUUUGAGGGCUUUUGUUGUAGAAUUAAGUGAAUUGAUGGCAAUUGGCUGGCUGCUUCUGAUACCGCAUUUUGGUGCUUCUUGCAAUCUUCCAGCCACGUCCAAUCUAGAUUCCAUCCAGUGCGUGUGACCUGAACCGGCCCCACGAUGGCUAUGAUGUUCCGAAGCGAGGAGAUGGCCUUGUGCCAGAUGUUUAUCCAGCCAGAGGCGGCCUAUACGUCCGUCUCGGAGCUUGGAGAAACGGGUGCGGUGCAGUUUCGCGAUCUGAACAUCGAUGUGAAUGCAUUCCAGCGGAAGUUCGUCAGCGAGGUCCGUCGUUGCGAUGAAAUGGAGCGCAAGUUGCGUUACGUUGAAGGCGAGGUUAAGAAGGACAGUGUCCUGAUACCGGAGUGUUCCGUCGACGAAUGGCCCCGGGCACCGAAUCCGCGCGAAAUCAUCGACCUGGAGACGCGCCUCGAGAAGACGGAGAACGAAAUUCUCGAGCUGUCGCAGAACGCGGUCAACCUGAAGUCCAACUAUCUCGAGCUGACCGAGUUGAAGCACGUGCUCGAGCGGACGCAGUCAUUUUUCUUUGAGCAAGAGGUGAUCGUCAGCACGGACGCGACCAAGAGCAACCUGAUCGCGGAGGAUCCGGCAGCGGCACAAAGUCGUGGCCGACUCGGUUUCGUGGCCGGUGUGAUUCAGCGUGAGAAGAUGCCAGGAUUCGAGCGGAUGCUGUGGCGCAUUUCGCGCGGUAACAUCUUCCUGCGCCAGGUUGAACUGGAGGAGCCACUGGAGGAUCCGUCCACGGGUAAUGAGAUCUUCAAAACCGUGUUUGUAGCGUUCUUCCAAGGCGAACAACUGAAGGCACGUAUCAAGAAGGUGUGCACUGGGUACCACGUGUCGUUGUAUCCUUGCCCAAGCUCAGGCUCCGAACGAACGGAGAUGGUGAAGGGUGUGUGCACGCGUCUGGAGGACCUGAAGAUGGUGCUUAACCAAACGCAGGACCAUCGCUCGAUCGUGCUAGCAACCGUUGCCAAGGAGCUGUUCAACUGGCGCAUCAUGGUGAAGAAGAUGAAAGCCAUCUACCACACGCUGAACCUGUUCAACAUGGACGUCACGAAGAAAUGCCUGAUCGGCGAGUGCUGGGUGCCGGUGCCGGAUCUCCCGAAGGUGCAGAAGGCCCUUUCGGACGGGUCAGCUGCGGUCGGUUCCACAAUACCGUCCUUUUUGAACGUGAUCGAGACGAACGAAGCGCCACCGACGUACAACCGUACCAACAAGUUUACGCGUGGCUUCCAGAACCUGAUCGACGCCUACGGUAUUGCUUCGUACCGUGAGGCGAACCCGGCUCUAUAUACGAUCAUCACGUUCCCGUUCCUGUUUGGCAUCAUGUUCGGUGAUUUGGGCCACGGUAUAAUUAUGGCACUGUUCGGGCUGUGGAUGGUGACGUGCGAGAAGAAGCUGAGUGCCAAGAAGUCGAACAACGAAAUUUGGAACAUCUUUUUCGGUGGCCGUUAUAUUAUCCUGCUGAUGGGGCUGUUCUCGAUGUACACCGGCUUCGUGUACAAUGAUGUCUUUUCGAAAUCGAUGAACAUCUUCGGAUCGGCCUGGAGCAUCGGCUACAACACCUCGACCGUGAUGAGCAAUAAGGACCUCACGCUUAACCCGGGCACGUCCGACUACGACACUGAGAUCUAUCCUAUCGGGCUCGAUCCGGUAUGGCAGCUGGCCAGCAAUAAGAUCAUCUUCCUCAACUCCUACAAGAUGAAGCUCUCGAUCAUCUUCGGCGUGGUGCAUAUGAUCUUCGGUGUGUGCAUGAGCACGGUUAAUCACAACUUCUUCAAGAAACGCAUCAGCAUCGUACUGGAGUUUAUGCCCCAGAUCAUUUUCCUUGUGUUGCUGUUCGCGUACAUGGUGUUCAUGAUGUUCAUGAAGUGGAUUGCGUAUACGGCCAAGACCGAUUAUCAGCCCCGCUCCCCCGGCUGUGCACCGUCCGUGCUGAUUAUGUUCAUCAACAUGAUGCUGUUCAAGCACACCGAACCAUUCCAUGGAUGCGAUGAGUUCAUGUUCUCGUUCCAAAACCAACUGCAGCGCACGUUUGUCUUCAUUUCGUUGUUGUGUAUCCCUUGGAUGCUGCUUGGAAAACCAUUCUACUUGAUGUACAAGCGUAAGAAUGUGUCGCCGGUAAGUUUUCGAAAAGGAGUUACUCCGAUCCCCAACAAUGGCGACGUUCAUCAGGGAGGCGACUCUAAUCACACGUCCAGUCAAAAGCCCCACGACUCACACGACGACGAACCGAUGGCUGAAAUCUUUAUCCACCAGGCCAUCCAUACCAUCGAAUAUGUCCUAAGUACUGUGUCACACACGGCGUCCUACCUCCGCCUGUGGGCUUUGUCCCUCGCUCAUGCCCAGCUAUCGGAGGUGCUUUGGAACAUGGUGCUAUCGAUGGGUCUGAAGCAGACAUCGUACAAAGGUGCUAUCAUGCUGUUCUUUGUAUUUGGAGCCUGGUCGUUGUUUACCCUUGCCAUCCUGGUCAUGAUGGAAGGAUUGUCCGCAUUCCUGCACACACUGCGUUUGCAUUGGGUGGAGUUCAUGAGCAAAUUCUACGAGGGCUUGGGUUACGGCUUCCAACCAUUCUCGUUCAAAAUGAUCAUUGACAGCGAUGAGGAUCUGGAGUAGUCAUUGAACUUACUGCACUAAAAUGCACUUUCUCCGCACCAUGGUAGUAUUUGAAGGGGUAAUCGAAUUUCAUGCAAUUUCGCACGAAAUCGAUCGGAAUCAACCGACAGCCCCAUAAUAACCGUAGUUGUAGUGCAACUGCAAAUGCAACCCAAACUGCACUAAAUAUCAAA